CUUGUAGAGAGAGAGUUAUGGUUUAAAGAAGAAAAGCAAAUCAAAAAAAAAGAAAAGAAAAAAAGAGAGAGAAAUCCAAUAAAGAUCACGAAAUAUCUGUGACUGAUAUGAUCUCUGUGAUAGCGUGUGAUUCUCUCUCUCUUUUCUAAAAUUCCUCGCUCACCAACCACCUUAAUUUUCUUAUGCAUUAACUCUAUAUAAACGACCACAUUACGUUCAUACAUGUCUUGUGAGUUUGUUUAUGAACAUAUGGAUGCUGCUAGUGCUGCUUCUUCUUCAACAAAGGGGGUGAUGGAAAAUGUGGAGCAACCCCAUGUCUUAGCUGUGGAUGAUAAUCUCAUUGAUCGCAAACUCAUUGAACAACUACUCAUAAACUCCUCUUGCAAAGUGACUACUGCGGAAAAUGGGAGAAGGGCAUUGGAAUUUUUGGGCUUAGGAGACGAUCAAAAUAACACCUUGGAGAGCAGAGUAUCAAAAGUAAAUUUGAUAAUUACAGACUAUUGUAUGCCAGGAAUGACAGGCUAUGAGCUACUUAAAAGAAUUAAGCAGGAAUCAUCAGUCAUGAAAGAGGUUCCAGUGGUUAUUGUGUCAUCUGAGAACGUCCCAACUCGUAUUAACAAGUGCUUAGAGGAAGGAGCUCAGAUGUUCAUGCUGAAGCCCCUAAAACAAUCAGAUGUGAAGAAAUUAAGAUGUCAAUUAAUGAACUCCUGAAGAUAAACGUCCGUAUUCCUAAGGAGAUUAGAACCCGCAGCAAGUAUUCCUAUGACUAGAGGAAGCCCCAGAAUUCCUUGGAUGAAAUAAAAUUAGCUUCAGUUACCAAUCAAUUUUGUUUUGCUCAAAAAUCUUACCCUCCACCUCCACGUUGCUGUGUAUGAUUAACGUUAACCAAAUAGUUUCAAUGACAUUCCUUUCUGUGAUAA